CGAUGCUAUGGACUUGAUCUGAGCUGAGUCACAGGGAUAUGCAUUCGUAAAUGUCUGCGGAAAUGCCCUUUUUAUGGGCCACGAGUACAUUGGCGCUUCAUUAAAGGGGAAACGGCGGAAGCGGAAAUAGCCGUGCGGCCAUAACAAGGCGACGCGUGUUUAUUGGCGCCAGGUCACGCAAAUUGCCAGCUGCAACUGCAACAUUCUCCUCUUUUUCUUCGUACUCCUCUUGCGUUUCUUUGACACUUUGGUCAAAUUGAAGUUUGCCACAUAAAUGACGAGACGUCCUCGCGUUUGGCACAACGCACCGCAAGCACAACAAAAUGACAGCUACAGCCAUGCUACAGCUUUUAUUACCAACAAGCGGAAUGCCAGCAAAAACCAGCGAAACAACAGCAAUGCAAACGACAUAUUGGCAGCAGCAGAGGAAAACCGGCAACUGCCAAAGCAACAUCAACACACAUCGAAAAUCACGGACGAGAUGCCCGGACAAUGGGAAAACGAUUUGGGCUGUCGGCUUGACGUUGGCCCUGUUGACUUGCCUGCAGCAGCUAAAAUCGGUUUUGGCCGACGAGGAAUCGCAGGAUUUUCAAAAGAACAUACCCGCUCGAUUGGUUUGGGCCGCUUUGGGCAAAACCGUGGAGCUGCCCUGCGAUUUGACCCCGCCCACGUCGCAGGAUUCGGUGAAGCUGCUGCUGUGGUUCAAGGACACCACGGGCAUUCCUCUGUACAGUUUGGACUCGCGGGGCGGCAACGUGAAGCUGGCUCCCCAUGCGGCCAUAGCUAGCGAUCUGGGGCAACGUCUGUUCUUCAGCAUCGGCGAUAAUCCCAAGGACUCUCGCCUGCAGAUCAACGAUGUGAAGCCGGAGGAUGGCGGCGUCUAUCGGUGUCGCGUCGACUUCUUCAACUCCCCGACGAGGAACUUCCGGCACAACCUGACUUUAGUUGUGCCGCCCGAGGAGCCGCGCAUCUUCGAUGCCCAGGGCAAGGAGAUUUCCCAGAUGGCAGGACCCUUCCGCGAGGGCUACGAGCUCUUCCUCUGCUGUCAAGUGAGGGGAGGACGCCCCCCGCCCAAGGUCACCUGGUGGCGCGAUGACACCGAGCUAAUCGGCACCAGCCACACUUCCGUCGAGGAGGGCGCCACCGUGAUGGUUAAUCAGCUGCUGAUUGGAACCACCACGCGGGACUUUUACGGAAUUCGCAUCGAGUGCCGGGCACAGGGAACGCGACUGGUGGAUCCCGUCCGCAAGGAUGUCACCGUGCAGGUUUACUUGAAACCUGUUCGGGUGAAGAUAGCCACCCCCAACGAACUUCUGACCGCCGGGCAGCCCACGCCCGUUCGCUGCGAGUCCUGGGGCUCGUAUCCUGCGGCCAAGAUCACUUGGCUGCUCGACGGCGAGCCCAUCCGGAAUGCCGAGGUCACCGUGCACAGCGACAAGGAGGAUGGCAAUAUCACCACGAGCAUCCUCACGCUAAAGGUAACGUCGGAGAACGAUAAUGCCGAGCUGACGUGUCGCGCUACGAAUCCCUGGUUCUCCGGUGGCGCCAUCGAGGACAAGCGCAUCAUCCGAGUGGCAUAUCCGCCCACUGUUUCGGUGCACCUGGCCAACGAGGAUCCCAGCAGGUUGGUGACGAGAGCCGAGGGCCAGAAUGUCACUUUCAAAUGCCGCGCGGAUGCCCGACCGCCGGUCACCGGCUACUCCUGGUUCAAAAAUGGCAUGCGAAUGUCGGGCGAGAGCACGGAAAUAAUGCACUUGACGCAGCUGGAGAGGGAGAGUGCGGGGGCGUACGCCUGCGGGGCCACAAAUACGGAGGGCGAAACCCGGAGUUCGAGCCUCGCUUUAAAAGUGCAGUUCUCCCCGCGCUGCAAGUCGGGCACCGAACAAACCUCCAUCGGCGCCGUCAGCCUCCACUCGAUUCUGGUGAAAUGCGAGGUGGAUGCUGAUCCGCCGGACUCCGUGCGAUUCAGCUGGACCUACAACAAUACCCGGAAUGUGUCGCCGGUGCUCAACUCGAGGAUUCAAUCGAACGGACUGGCCAGCACGGUGACGUAUCUGCCGCAGACGGAUUCCGAGUUAAUAACGCUGGCCUGCUGGGCCAGCAACGUGGUGGGCCGCCAAACGACGCCCUGUCUGGUGCACAUCCUGCCGGCAAACACCCCGGAGGCACCGAAGGCCUGCGAAUUGCGCAACGACACCGUCCUGGAGGUGGUUUGCAUAGCCGGCAGUGACGGGGGCCUCUCGCAAUACUUCCUGCUGGAGGUGGUGGGCGGCGACCCUCUAUACGCCGGUGAUCCAGGUGGAUCGACGGGCCCAGGAAGAGGCAGCCAGCAGUUCAGCGAGGCCAUUGGCCCGGGCGACAACGAGAUAUCCACGCUCAACGAUCAGGCGACAACUGCACCCUUCUUCCGCAUGCAGGAGAACAGUCCACAGUUUCGUUUGAAUAAUUUAGAGCCGGGACGUGAAUAUCAAUUUUUAGUUUACGCCGUCAACGCCAAAGGACGAAGCGAGCCGCCGGUGGUGAUUGAGAAUGUACGCGUGGCCGCCCAACUGGGACCAUAUGAUGAAUCCAUUCUGUCGGAGGACCCAACGCCCGCAGAAACAACGCAUCACGGAGGCGGCGGGGGCGUGGGCGGCGGCGGGAGCUCCAGCGGCCUGGGCACCGGCGCCAGCACGGGCAGCGGCCCCGAGAAGCAGUCGACGCUGCUGAUUCUCGCCGCCGUCGUGGUGAUAGGCGCCGUCGUGGUGACGUCAAUUAUCGUGGCCGGCAUCGUCGUGGUCUGCCGGCAUCGGCCGCGACCACCUGAGCCGCAGGAGGUGCGCAAGAGCAUGCGACCAGCGAGAAACGAUGUGCCGAGCAUGUACAUCGAGGAGGAUGAACUGAACGAGCUGGAGGAGGGUGGUGGAGGCGGUGGACGAGCGGCGGAGAUUAGGGCGCGGGUGGCCCCGCCCAACGCCCACCUGUGCGGCGGGGGCGGGAUGCCGAUGCCCGGGGGCGUGGGCUCGAGUGGCGGGGCCAUUGUGGGCGUGGCCGGACCCCAUCACUACAUCUCCGAGAGCUUCAUCCAGUAUGCGCAGCCCAGCCUAAACGGCGACGUGCUGCUGCCCCUGCUCGUAACAUCCAGCCAGCCGGGCAGCACCAACUCCAACUCCACCAUCUCGAGCGUGGUCCUGGCCAUCUCGCCCCAGGCGAAACUAUCCUGUCCUGAUCCUGCGAGCCUGCGAAACCAAGCCUGGCCGCCCGAAUACCCGGAUCUGAUAUUGCCGCGCGGCGAAUUGGAAUUUACGACCCUGGAUCCAACGCUGAAGUAAUUGUAAAAAGUAAUAAUAAAUAUCUACCAUAGUCAGCUACACACACACACACGGGCAUUUCAUUUGACAUAGCUGUAAAUUUUUAGCAUAAAUUUAAAUGCAUUAGCGUAAAAGGUAAAUCGUAUAUUGUGUAAAAGUCUAAGGAGACAGAUAAGCAUAAGUCAUUUUGUAAUUGUCAGCCAUUAAGUGUCGAAAUUGCCUAGAAAAAAUCAAAAAAAGAAAAAUAAAAAAUUUAUGAACCCAUGAAGCUGCGCUAUAAAUACGCUACAAACUUGUAACUGAAAUCAAAAUACCAAAACUUGUAAAUACCACACACUCACACUCAUUUUGCUGUUGCACCAUCGAAUGUAUAUAGAGAACGGGCAAACAUUAAUCAAACUGCAUUUAAAUGUUAAAUAUUAAAUACUAAUUGUAAUUAAUGAACAACUAGCCCGUAAGCCAGUUAAGUUAAGUAAGCCGUGUGUAUUGAAAGUGUAAUUAGACUCAUAGAGUUAUUGGUUAUUGGCCCACAGACUUUGCACUAGGUAACUGCAAAUAUCUGGCAAUUCAUCCAUUGAUGUCUGCAUAGCGAUAUAGGAUUCAUUAGCAGCUAAAGCCCUAUCAUCUAUCCAGCUGUCCGGCAAAUUAGAAUGACUCUUUCUGGGCCCCGAGAACCCACUGUUUUCCAAACCAAUCCGAUUUGGCACUUUCAGUUGCUAUUUAUGGCCAUGCCAUGAAUAUUCUAUUACCAAAAGAUGAAUAACAAGCCAGAAAACAAACAACAAACAAACAAGAGCCACGUGGGCGAUGUUCGAGUGCAUAAUGAAUAAAGAGUCCUCAGCAAUUCCACUCACACAAGACUCACACAUAGGCUCGAAACUACCACACACAAACAAUAAAUGCGAAUUCAGUGUAAAUGUUAUAAAUAACUAAGGUAACCGAGCGCAAAGUACGACACAUAAAAAUAAUAAUAAUAAUAAUAAUAAUAAUACGCCAUACAGUUUACACAAUACUCCAAUGUAAUUCGAAUUCUAAUUUCAAAUAUUCAAACAUAAAGUGAAAUGGCAGACUAGCAAAAUAUACAGUGCGUAUGCGUAAUGAAAUAAAUCGAAAUUGAAAUAUACAUAUAAAUAUAAAUAUAGAUACAUAUAAAUGGAACACAUUGUCGUUCUCUGUCUCUGUCACUCUGGACAAAACCAAACUGAUUGUUUUUAAGCAAAGUUAGAUUUAUAAAUAAAUUAAAUUUAAAAAAAGGCGAAUGAGAAAAGCAGAAAAACUUAAAAGUGAAAUACAUUUAAAACUAAGUCGAAACUACUGAGUGUGUUAAUAAUAAUACCGAAUACUGAAUAAAUAAACAAGA